CGCACGAGUGUGACGCUGUGACCGAGGAAGUGCAACAUUUCGACGUGUACAUCCUCACGCUGUGCUUCCGGUUAAGCAAAGCGUGAUCAGUUGUGCUGCUCAGUCUCUCUUCCCUUCCUCGGCUCACAGUAGAGGCGUCUGGUAGGACUCUCCCGGUUCCUUUACCUCUCUCUCUUCCCUCCCUAACGGAAUACUCAUUCAGCCCAGCGGACAUGGCAUCUGCAGUAGCGGCACAAGUUCAGUCCAACCCAGCUUCAGCUCCGCAGCUGCAGAGGGGAAUAGUGAAGAUGGUCUUGUCUGGUUGUGCUGUCAUCGUUAGGGGUCAGCCGCGAGGAGGACCCCCUCCAGAACGGCAGAUCAACUUGAGUAACAUCCGAGCCGGAGCUCUCGCCCGUCGCGCAGUUCAGGGCCAACCAGAUACCAAGGACACACCAGAUGAGCCUUGGGCUUUCCAGGCACGGGAGUUUUUGCGUAAGAAGGUAAUUGGCAAAGAAGUCUGCUUCACCGUGGAGAAUAAAACCCCUCAAGGCAGGGAAUACGGCAUGGUCUACCUGGGAAAAGACAACUCAGGAGAAAAUAUUGCAGAGUCCCUGGUGACCGAAGGUCUUGCCACAGUUCGUAGAGAAGGCAUCAGAGGAAACAAUCCUGAGCAGGCCAGACUGUGUGAUUUGGAGGACCAAGCCAAGGCUGCUAAAAAGGGUCUGUGGACUGAGGGUGGAGGCGCACACACCGUUCGAGAUUUGAAGUAUACCAUUGAGAACCCUCGCAACUUUGUGGACUCCCUCCACCAGAAACCAGUCAACGCCAUUAUUGAACAUGUGCGUGAUGGCUGCAUAGUACGGGCGCUGCUUCUGCCCGACUACUAUCUGGUGACAGUCAUGCUGUCUGGAAUCAAGUGCCCUACGUUUAAACGGGAGGCAGAUGGCAGCGAGACCCCUGAGCCUUUUUCAGCAGAGGCAAAGUUCUUCACGGAGUCACGACUUCUUCAGAGAGAUGUGCAGAUCAUUUUGGAGUCCUGUCCCAACCAAGUCAUUCUGGGGACCAUCUUGCAUCCGAAUGGGAACAUCACAGAGUUGCUGUUGAAGGAAGGCUUUGCACGUUGUGUGGACUGGUCCAUGGCUGUGUACACCCAGGGUGCUGAGAAACUCAGAGCAGCAGAACGAUCAGCGAAAGAGCGUAAAGUGAGAAUCUGGAAGGACUAUGUAGCUCCCACAGCCAAUCUGGACCAGAAGGACAGACAGUUUGUAGCAAAGGUGAUGCAAGUCGUGAACGCAGAUGCCAUUGUGGUGAAGCUGAACUCUGGGGAGCAUAAGACCAUCCACCUGUCCAGCAUCAGGCCCCCGAGGCUUGAAGGCGAGGAGAAGAACAAGGACAAAGACAAGCGUUUCCGUCCGCUCUAUGACAUUCCUUACAUGUUUGAGGCACGGGAAUUCUUGAGAAAGAAGCUCAUUGGCAAGAAGGUUAAUGUCACAGUCGAUUACAUCAGAGCUGCCACCAGUGCCAUGGAAACGGGUGGCGUCCCGGCUUUCCCAGAGCGCACCUGUGCUACAGUGACCAUUGGAGGAAUAAACAUUGCUGAGGCGCUGGUCAGUAAAGGUCUCGCCACAGUGAUCAGAUACCGUCAGGACGACGAUCAAAGAUCUUCCCAUUACGACGAGCUCUUGGCUGCAGAGGCAAGGUAAGUCAAAACACUAAAAUAAAACCUCCAGCUAGCGAAUGUGUGCCAUAUUCCCACACAUUGAGGAGGAGAAGCCGAGACACAGAAGGCGAAACAGUUCUUGCCAUUCCUGCAGAGAGCGGGCCGCUCUGAGGCUGUGGUGGAGUACGUGUUCAGUGGCUCUAGACUCAAGCUCUACAUGCCCAAAGAAACAUGUCUCAUCACCUUCCUGCUCGCUGGUAUCGAGUGUCCCAGAGGGUCUCGAAACAUGCCAAGUGGGAUGCAGGUGGCAGAGCCAUACAGUGAGGAAGCCACGAUUUUCACCAAAGAGCUAGUUCUUCAGAGAGAGGUGGAAGUGGAGGUGGAGAGCAUGGAUAAAGCAGGAAACUUUAUUGGCUGGCUUCACAUUGAGGGUGUGAAUUUGUCCGUAGCUCUGGUGGAUAACGCCCUGUCGAAGGUCCACUUCACUGCAGAGAGAAGCUCCUACUACAAGACUCUGCUGUCUGCUGAAGAAACCGCUAGACAGAGGAAAGAGAAGCUCUGGGCCAAUUAUGAAGAGAAACCAAAAGAAGAGGUGGCUCAGCUCACAGAGGAGAAGGAACGUGUGGCGAAAUACCGAGCCGUCUAUGUCACCGAAAUCACAGAUGGACUGCACUUCUUCGCACAGGAUGUGGAAACCGGUACUAAGCUGGAGAGCCUGAUGGAGAGCAUGCGAGGAGAGAUAGCCGCCCAGCCUCCGGUAGAAGGAUCCUUUACCCCGCGCAGAGGGGAUUUCUGCAUUGCAAAAUUUGGUGACGGAGAAUGGUACAGAGCUCGCAUCGAGAAAAUUGAAUCUCCAGCAAAGGUUCACGUUUACUACAUCGACUAUGGAAAUAGAGAGAUAUUAUCCUCCACACGUCUUGCAGCCCUUCCUCCAGCCUUCAGCACGCGUACGCUUCUUCCACAGGCUACAGAAUACACAUUUGCCUUCAUUCAGGUCCCACAGGAUGAAGACGCACGGACCGACGCCGUGGACAGUGUGGUCAGGGACAUUCAAAACACACAGUGUCUGCUGAAUGUUGAAUACAGUGGAAUUGUCUGCCCGCACGUCACGCUGCAGUUUGCUGACUCGAAAGAUGAUGUGGGUCUGGGUCUGGUGAAAGAAGGCCUUGUAAUGGUGGACGUACGGAAAGAGAAGCACCUCCAGAAAAUGGUGACUGAAUAUCUGAAUGGCCAAGAAUCUGCCAAGAGUGCCAGGCUCAACAUUUGGCGUUAUGGAGAUUUCCGUGAUGAUGAUGCGGAUGAGUUCGGGUACCGCCGCUAAGUCGUUGUUCCAAAGACCUUGUGGAAGAUGAGGUGUAUUCGCAGAGAACACAAAAAAACUAAAAUCCUGAAAAACAAAACAUCAGUAUGCUCUUAUUUUUUUUCUAAUGUUGAACAUUUGCCUCUCUCGGUUUUUUUUUUUACUUUUUUUAAUACUCUGUGCAUAUCCUCUCUUCUGCCCAAGGGCUUUGUUUCUUAUCAUUUUCUUCUUAUUUUAUUUUAUUUUUUAAAGCGAGUAGGCUACAGAUAACUCUACCUGUAGCUGCUUCAAAUAGGACCAACGUACUUACCUUAAUCUUAAAUUUUGACAUAUUAGCCAAUCAUCUUUUUCAUGUACAUUUUUAGCCAAUCACCAGCUGACAAACCCCAUCCUAGCAAACCUGAUCUGUCCAAUCAGAUUUCUGUAUUUUGGGGCAAGACAUUUAAAGACGUGAGGGGGAUGCACAGAGCAACCAUGAACUCAACAGCUUGCUGAGAAAACGCCUCCUUAAUCAUGAGAUUCUAUAUUUCAGUAUAUAAUAUAUAUGGAUAUUUUGAAGUUAGAUCAAAAGUAACCAAGUGAACUUACUGAGCGUGUUUUUGUCUCUCUCUCUCUGAUGUGAUCCGAGUGUUCAGUGACAUUUCUGGGCGUUUGUAUAGGAUGUGUGUUUUCUCUUUUUCUGUGGCAAAAGAACUGCUGCCAGCACCUUUACAAGCGUCUCUCGGCCUACUCUGUGAGGUUUACUCAACGGUCAUCGUUUCUUCUUUUCCCGCUCUUGCCCGCCAUACAGAAACAGUGUUUGAAUUUAUUUCCUUCUGAGGUAGACCCUGUCAUUGUAUUUAAAUCUGAUCAAUAAAAAUGAGCAAAGUGC